GAAACAAAUUAAUAAGGUCUUUUGCAAGAAAGCCUAAGCUAACAAGAUGCCACUAGGCAUCAAUAUACGUGAGAGACCAUUCAAAUCCCUGCACCCUCACCAUCACACUUUCUUAUGCAACUCCCAUUUCUCUCUAAAACCAAAAGGCGAGCUGCAUCCUCCAACUUCUUCGCCGCCGGCGACUGCGAAAAAGGUAAUUUGCAAAAACGAAGAAGAACAAAAAGAGAAGAAAUCCCCAAACCCAAUGCCUAGAAGAUCAAACGAUACGCCUUCAUUUUUCAAGGUUCUCAGCAGCGUGGAUUACAUUAAGCUACUGCGUUUGCCGCCUCAUUUCUUGAGAAAAUAUGAGUUAACUCUGCCUGAAAAUGUGAAGCUGAGAGUGGAUGAUUCUGGAAGAAGAUGGAAUGUGAGAGUGGAGCGAAUGAAUGAUGGGUUGUUUUGCUUCACGAAUGGUUGGGAGAAGUUUGCGGAAGAUGCUGCUCUCAAAUUCGGAGAAUUUCUGGUUUUCUCUGUGGUUGCGAAAUCCGAGUUGAAUGUUGUCAUCUAUGAAACUAGCUGUUGCAAAAGGGAGAUUCCACUGCUUCAAUUGAAUGCUCAAGUUUUGGAAGAAGAGAAGAAAUCCCCAAACCCAAUGUCUGGAAGAUCAAACGAAACGCCUUCAUUUUUCAAGGUUCUCAGCAACGUGGAUUACAUUAAGCUACUGCGUUUGCCGCCUCAUUUCUUGAGAAAAUAUGAGUUAACUCUGCCUGCAAAUGUGAAGCUGAGAGUGGAUGAUUCGGGAAGAAGAUGGAAUGUGAGAGUGGAGCGAAUGGAUGAUGGGUUGUUUUGCUUCACGAAUGGUUGGGAGAAAUUUGCGGAAGAUGCUGCUCUCAAAUUCGGAGAGUUUCUGGUAUUCUCGUUGCUGGCCAAAUCCGAAAUGAAUGUCGAUAUCUAUGAAACUAGCUGUUGUAAAAGGGAGAUUCCACUGCUUCAAUUGAAUGCUCAAGAUGCUGAUGAGAGUGGGGUUAAGAGAGGUAUACGGGUACGGCCUUCCAGUAGAAAAAGAGGAGGAAAGGCGCGCAAAAGAAAUUGUUUUAUGAAAGAGGGCAACCCACUCUACUUUGCAACUUAUCUGAGGCCGUAUCACAGGUGGACAAUUAGUCUUCCUCGUGCAUUCUCGAGGGCGGCAAAUAUGAAGGUGAAAAAGCAAGUGAGGGUGAAGUAUGUCGGCAAGCGCCGUGGCUUAUGUGUUGCGUUGUCUCAUCGGCCGCCGAGGCCUACGAUAGACCUAGCAAAGGGCUGGCGUGAAUUCCGGGAGGCGAAUGGCUUAGUGGUGGGGAAAAUCUACUCUUUUGAGUUCAAUCCCGACGACCAAGUCAUCUAUGUCAACCGAGUAGCUUCUUAAUGGCAUAACAUAAGCAUAUUAUUCAGUGUAUCAAAUGCGUGUGUGAGUUGGCCUAAUCGUACGUGGUUAAUGCCCAAGGUUUGAGAUAUUGGGUUAAUGCAUAUACUAAUAUUGUUUUCUAUGUUUUAGGGUGUCGAGUGAUUUGAGGAUUUUUAUCAAGUGUAGUAAGUUAUGCUCGUGUGCUAAUUCCUUUUUUUUUUAUUCUUC